AUGGUAGAGAAUAUGAGCAACAGCACACCUAAUGACCUGACCGCCACGGAGCCGCUAUCCCCCGAGCUCAGUUCUAUAGUCCGAUGCUACAAAAAUGGCAUUCCUUUUGAGGGUUGGAACUACGUACGCGAUUACCACUUCGACAACAUGACCAUGCACCUGUACAGCAGGUGCCGCGGCAGCAGCACUUUGAAGGAGUUUUUGGUGCAUGGCGACAUCGACGUAUGCAAGGAGAAGCUCAUCGAGUUGAUCCUUAUGAUGAAGCAGCGUUCCGAAUGGGACGAGACCUACGUCGAGCACAAAGUCCUCCGACCACUUGAGAACGGCACGGACGUCGUUUUCACAGUAUCGAAGUACCCGUUCCCGCUCGCGAAGCGCCUGUACACCAUCAAGCGCUCCCUCUACGGCUCGAUGGACGACGUGGUUGUUUUGGCGACAAAGGUUAUACCGUACGACUGCCCCAACACGAUUAGGUGGAGCACCCGGGUUGAUGACUUCGACUCCAAUUUGAUCGUGGGCGACAUCAAGGGCAAGCCCGACCACUGCCACAUGAUUGCGACGCUGUACGAGGACCCCAAGGUAAUCCUGCCGAACAUGUACCUCAACAUCAUCAUUGAGACCCUGGUUCCGCGUAUUCUGCGGAAGAUGAUCGCCGCAUGCAAGCAGUACUGCAACGAUGACUCCAAGGAGUUGUGCCGCCAAUUGGUUUGCAUCCCGCUGGACUACAAAGGAGAGUCGCCAUCUGCGACCGAAAACAGCGCAUAA